ACACUCACAUUCACGCAUACACAUACACACGCGCGCAGAGCCAUGCCCAGCGCCGAGAGACCGACACCGCGAGCAGGCUGCCAGAAGAUAACUUCAAACUUGGCUUCGAUGUGAGCGAGCGAGCCGAGUGGAAAGAGGGCAACUUGCUUUUGGGGGAAAAACAAGCGGCUUCUCUGUGUUUGGUCACCGUAUAUCCAGUAAAAGCCACUUUUGGAGCGCGCGCCGAGGCAAAGGCACAACCGGGAGCUAAAAGCACCGCGAGAGAAAGAAGAGGAGGAGGAGGAGGAGGAGGAGAGGGAGGAGAAGUUCACAGCGACCCUGACACUGAAUCAUCUCUACGGGACAAAUGAGUUUUUGAUCACAGUCAGUGUCGCGUCGCUGCGGAGAGGAGAGGACUCUUGUUAACCGCUUUCUCGGAAGACGCGCGUCAAAGUUUGGACAGCGGAGAGGGGAAAAAAAAAAAGACUCCCGAAGUGAUCUCGUCCCGUUCACUUUCUGAUUGAACUCUGUACAAAGUCAAAACAACGACUGCUAUGGUUUUUGUUUUUUUUUGUUUGGGGGGGAGAUGACUAAACUUGAAACACCUCAGCGACUGUAAACACCACUCUCGAGUAAAAGGAAGGAGGGUGCGUGUGCACACGAGAGGCGGAGAAGAGGAAGAAUAAGAAGAAAAAGUUACCCGGAGAAAAAAGUGCAAGAGAAUCUGAGAUAACACUUAUGAGAAGACGCUUUGAGAACUUCUGAGGUAGAAGUGACACGUUUAAGGCCAGAGUGAUGAAGAAGAUGGGGCGGUGAAGUCUCAGAGUCAGUGCGCUUGGUGACAGGAGGGGGGUUCAAAGAAGAGUGUGACGCUCCCCAUGUUGAAGACCCCCCCGUGAGCUCGUGGGCAUAACAAGAGAUUUGGUGUGUUGUUGUGUUGUUGGGGGAGGUUUAUAGUAAAGAGAAAAAGAGACGGAUAAAGUCUGGGAGUGAAGCGGCUAAUUGCUUAGUCCGUCCCUCAUUACCAUAUCCAAUGCGCGUCCGCUGGACUUCAGCCAAUCCUCCCCACCUUCACACGGUGCCAUUAAUCGCGAGGCAUUAUUCACUAUCAUAAUUAUUAUACCGACAUGCGCAAUCCAACGCGCAGCAACCGCACCGGCACCAUCACCAUCAUCAUCACCCUGAGCAGCAGCAGCAGCAACAGCAGCAGCAGCAGCAGCAGCAGCACCGGCUAAUUUCUGAUUGUUUUGUUUGUUUUUGGGUUUUUUUGUUUUUUGUCCUGUUCUUCUCUUCACUCCCCCUCUCUCUCCGCAAACCAGACUGUCUGCGAACUUUUUUCUAUGUGUUGAUUCAUUCGCUCUCCGCUGAUGUAUCUGCAAAACGCAGAGACAUCUCGGAGCGCAAACGCAGCAGCAUCAUCACCACCACCACCACCACCAUCAUCAUCGUCGUCGCCGCCAGCACCGACGCCAGCACCAUGUCCCGACGCAAGCAAGCCAAGCCGCAGCACCUCAAGUCGGACGAGGAUCCCGCACUAACCGCCGGGGUGAUUUCCGAACACGCCCGAGGUGAUGUGCUGGAUGAUGCCGACAGCGGGAACGAGAGCCGCAGUGGCAGUGAAGAGACCCACGUAUGUGAGAAGUGUUGCGCUGAAUUCUUUAAGUGGUCAGACUUCUGUGAACAUUUAACGAGCUGCACCAAGAACCCCUUGGUACUUAUAGUGAAUGACAAUGAGGACACACCUAACCCCUCCCAGGAGUACCCUUCAGAGCCUUCCCCUGUACCCAGCUGUCCUAGCGAGCAGGCAGACAGUGAGGACCCUAGAGAGGGCAACCACAGUCCUGCCGGUGAGGGGGAUGACGUCCUAGAGACAGCAACCUUGAAUGGGGUAAAUGUCCUACAGAAAGAGGAUGAGCCGAUGGAGAUUGAGCUUUCUCCUGAAAAAAGUAUGGACCCUGAAGAGAGAGAUAUGACAUCCCCCGAGCCAGACGGCUCCCUACCUCAGCUCAACGAUGAUGUCUCCCCCACUGUUACAAACUACACCAUGCCCAGCACCAAUGUUACUUUGGAGACUCUGCAUGGCACCCGGGUCGCAGUGGCCCAAUUUUCACAGAGUGUAAGGGCAGCAGCAGGUGCUGGGGUGUCCACCAUGGCUAUUCCAAUGAUCCUGGACCAGCUGAUGGCACUACAACAGCAGCAGAUACACCAGCUGCAGCUGAUAGAACAAAUACGCAGUCAGGUGGCUCUGAUGAAUAGGCAGUCUGCCCCACAGCCUGCUCUCAAUCACCAUCACAGCAAUGCAUCUGGAAACCAGGGGCCUGUAUCCUCCUGUGUCCCCCCUGUCGCUAGUCAACUUCAACUACACAACUUCAUCACCCCUCCUGUCCAUCAGCUGCCUGUUAGGUUGCCAGCAACUCUUAAUGGUCAAGGCUCUUCACCGUUGACCACAGCAAUAGAGGGUCCUCUCUCUCAAACACCACAAAGUGGCAGUCAGCAGUCCAACUCUUCGAUCCCUAACACAACCUCAAAUAAUACAGUGUUUCCCCAUCCCAGUGUUACUGGUUUGUCAUCUCUAAUUCCCUCUUGCUCGUCCUCCAUCACAAACAACAACAUUAGUACCAGUAGUAGUGUAACCGGAGGUGGUGGCAUUAGUAGCAGCUCAGCUCUUCCCAGGAACUCCACCACUCCUCCCUCACUCAGCCACAGUAGCCUCCUGAGCUCUGCCUCCAGUCUACCACUGAUACCUCACAGCUCAUCCAGCAGUGUUAUCUUCCCCAACCCUCUGGCCAGCAUAGCAGCCACAGCCAAUGCGCUCGACCCCCUCACUGCUCUGAUGAAGCAUCGCAAGGGGAAACCCCCAAAUGUGUCUGUGUUCGACACUAAGCCCAGCUCCGAGGACCCCUUCUUCAAGCAUAAGUGUCGGUUCUGCGCCAAGGUGUUUGGCAGUGACAGUGCCCUACAGAUCCACCUGCGAUCCCACACUGGAGAGAGGCCCUACAAAUGCAACAUAUGUGGCAACCGUUUCUCCACCAAGGGGAAUCUUAAAGUCCAUUUCCAGAGGCACAAAGAGAAAUACCCACAUAUUCAGAUGAACCCUUACCCUGUGCCAGAGUACCUGGACAAUGUGCCCACAAGUUCAGGCAUCCCAUAUGGCAUGUCUUUGCCCCCUGAAAAACCUGUGACCACAUGGCUAGACAGCAAACCUGUCCUCCCUACUGUUCCCACCUCAGUUGGGCUGCAGCUACCUCCCACGCUGCCAAGUAUGAUGGGAGGUUUUGGUGAGUCUCCAAACCUCACUCCACUCAACAGGUCCCCUCAGAGGCCGUCUCCACCAUCGAGUGAGUGUGCAUCUUUGUCCCCUAAUAUUGCCACUGAUUCUUGCAGGACCACUACUUCACCUUCCCCAAAACCCUGCAUAGGAAGUGAUGCACCUCCUCUCUUGAAACCUGAGGGCAUUCUCUUGCCACCAAGCUGCUCUACCAGGCCAGGGGAAAACACCACCGUCACAACUACAGUGACUCAAGUGGUUCUUUCCUCUACUGUCACCUCCACCACUUCACCAAUCAGCGGCAAGGUCACCGAACCCAUCACUAGCCCCAACUCUGUUUCUAACUGUGUCUCCCAUCCUGUCCUUCCUAUGCUCUCAGACCAGUUUAAGGCUAAGUUUCCAUUUGGGGGCCUCUUAGACUCUAUGCAAACCUCAGAGACGUCAAAGUUGCAGCAGCUGGUUGAAAAUAUUGACAAGAAGAUGACUGACCCAAACCAGUGUGUCAUCUGUCAUCGUGUAUUGAGUUGCCAGAGUGCUCUCAAGAUGCACUACCGCACUCACACUGGUGAAAGGCCUUUCAAAUGCAAGAUAUGUGGGCGUGCAUUCACCACCAAGGGAAAUCUAAAAACACACUUUGGUGUCCAUAGGUCCAAACCCCCACUUCGGGUCCAGCACUCCUGCCCUAUAUGUCAGAAAAAGUUCACUAAUGCUGUUGUGCUGCAGCAGCACAUCCGUAUGCACAUGGGAGGGCAAAUCCCCAACACCCCGGUCCCUGAAAGCCUCCAGGACAUGGACACUGAUCUCUCCUUUGAUGAGAAGAGCUUAGAUGCGAUGAGUAAUUAUGAUGAUGAUCUUCUAGAUGAACUAGAGCAGGCUAUGGAUGAUGAGGCUGACUUCAGAGAGGGAGAAAUUGACCCAUCAAAACCUUAUUCACCUGGAAGUUCCCCACCUACUUCCAUCAUCUCCAGCAUUGCUGCAAUGGAGAACCAAAUGAAGAUGAUCGACUCUACUGUCAACAUGACCAGUUCAUUUGGACAAAGGCCUCUGCUGAACGGCAGCAGUUUUGGAGGAGAGACUGAUUGUUUUGCCACUGAUUCGCUGUCUGCAGUGGGGGAUGCUGAAGGUCAAAGCUUGGGGAGCCCUGCUUUGUCUGAGUCCUCUGACUCUAUGCAGCAUUUGUCCCCAGCUCACAGCCACUCUGAGAGCCAGCGAUCCAAGUCCCCAGCUACACUCAACAGUAAUAACAACAGCAGUGCCAUGACAGGAGAGGAAGGCCUGGAGAACAAUACAGCUGGCUUGGCAACAGUGAAGUCAGAAAAAUCAGAGACCCCAUCUCCGCUUUCUGCUGCUGAAGGCACUGGGGCCCUUGACCUGACUGCCACUCAACAUGGCAGGCACUUCAUCAAGGAGGAGAGCCACUUCAACAUGCUGCUUCUAAACAGGGAUCGAGGGCUGAGCACUCCUAAUUUAGCCAGCACUGCUUCAAACAUGGUCAAAAUGGAAAUGAACGGACACGGCAAGUCAAUGUCUCUGAGUGACAACUCUCACCUGACUGUAGGAAUCCAUGUUCCGGCUGCAACACCACAGACCACAAUGAGCCCCAGCAUCAACCCCAUGUUGGCUCCCCCGCCUCCUAGACGCACUCCUAAGCAGCACAACUGCCACUCGUGUGGGAAGAAUUUCUCUUCAGCCAGUGCUCUGCUAAUACAUGAGCGUACACACACUGGGGAAAAACCAUUUGCCUGCUCCAUUUGUGGAAGGGCCUUCACCACAAAGGGUAAUCUUAAGGUUCAUAUGGGAACACACAUGUGGAACAAUGCUCCAGCUCGAAGGGGUCGGCGACUGUCUGUAGAGAAUCCCAUGGCCCUGCUGGGCGGGGAUGCCAUGAAGUUCAGCGAGAUGUUCCAAAAGGAUCUGGCGGCGCGGGCCAUGAAUGUCGACCCUGGUUUUUGGAACCAGUACGCUGCAGCCAUCACCAACGGGCUGGCCAUGAAAAACAAUGAGAUCUCUGUGAUCCAGAAUGGAGGAAUCACCCAGCUGCCCGUCAGCCUUGGCGGUACGGGAAUCACUUCAUUGGGAGCCAUGCCUGGAGGAAUGGACCGUGUUCAUACGGGCGGCAGCCCUCCCAUGACGGGGAUGGAGAAGAUUGGUCUGGAAGUUGGGGUCAACCGUCCCUUCUCCAGAUUUAUGGAGGAGAACAAAGAGAUUGGGAUCAACUAAAAAAAACUUUCUGUAUUAUUCCAAGGUAGGCCUUUGGUAAAGACUAAGAGUCUGAUGACAAGGAAAUAAACUGCAGAUCCAGUCUGAACUCGUGUGUGUUAUAUUAUGUACAGAUUAAUAUUUUUGUUUGUUUUUGGAAAUAUAGUAUUUAGUAUUGAUUAGAGGUCUUUGCCUUUCACUCAUUGCGUCCUCACUUGAUAUUUCACCUAUACGAUGAAUACUUUGUCUCUUGUUUGAGAAUAUGUCGUCUUGCAAGAUUUGCAUGGUACUUAUUGGUUUUUAUUAGUAUGUUUGACUGCUUUUAUGAUUUUUUUUUUUUUUUUGAAAACCAGGAUCCUGCCUCAUUUAUGAUGGGCAAGCAUCUAAUAUGGACAGGACUAAAACUGAGCAGAACAUGGGUUUGUGUAAAGACAGUCUUGCCUUUUCCUGGGAACCUUGUUUAUGAUUGCCCAUGGAUAGACUGAAGAAAAGACUGAAGUAUAGUGUUUCUGUGCUUGCCUGAUUUUUUUUUUCUCAUGAACUAGAAAACUUGAAAAAAGAUGUUUGAAAUAUUUCAAUCUUUACAUUUAGUCUCCCAGCAUUGUCUUAUAAUAUUGUCCUGUGUCUUUAGUAUUUAUGAUAUUGACAAAAAAGCGGGUAUACAAAAAUAUAUUUAAUGGCCCAAGCAUUUUAUUGAUCCAUUUCUUUUCUAAACUGCAGGCUUCACUGGUGAAUAUCUCUUUCAAUAAAGAAAAUAUGUUGUCCGAGUUCAACAACGGAGAAAAAAAAUUAGGAUAUCUAUUGAGACUAUGUGUUUCUCAUAACAUGGUUAAGAGGCUAGAGAUAUCUGAAGCUGCUACGAACACAACCCUGCUUUUAACCUUUGUAAAAAGAAAAAAGAAGUGAUCCUUUUGAAGAAAUAUCUAUGUAUAGAAAUACAGACAAAUCUAAAACAGGUAUGCAUAUUUUGUAUCACAUAAAAAUAGACAUCAUGAGUUGAGAGUAUUUGUCAUGUUUGUGAAUGCACUUUUUAAAAACAAGACGUUUUGUCUGUGAUUUACCGUUAACCUUUUGACUGAGCUAUCUAUCACGUGCUGUUUUCAUUGUUUUCAGCGUACCACUCCUACAAUUUGCAGAGUCGGUUCUCUGUUAUUGCAUCUGUGCUACUCGUCAGAGUGCAAACUCAUCACUCAAUCAAAACCUUCUUAAAUAAAUAAAAAAAAGAAAACAGGUGUGUGUUUGAGGUGUUUCCUUAACUGCAUCAUGUUGCCCCUUUAUUUGUUUGAUUUUAUUUUAUUUACCCUUCUAUUCCCAUAAAUGAAAAGAAAAAUACCAGGUAUUUUUUUUUUUACA